GUGAGAACUAGCUCGACGAUAACUGGAUAACUUGUAUACUGAAAUCAUUUCACCGUAUUCAAAUUCCAGAAACAUGUCCUGGAAUCGUGUCGCCAUAGUUAUUCUCUUAAUCCAACGGUUUGAGCCAAGCAAUGCGGACUGCAAGGUUCCCUGUCCACUCCAAUGGGUCAAGUAUAACAGUGAGACAACAAAUUUUACCUCGGAUAAGCUUGUUUUCUCAUACGGGGAGACACAAAUAAUAUCACGUGCAAAAGGAGCAGACGGAAAGUAUCAUGCUGGAUAUUUCGAUAUUCUGCUUCAAUCAGCAUAUAUUCCAAUUUCACCAUACGCUUUUGCAGACGUCGAGUUACUUAACAACCAACAUAACUGCACCAUAGGCUGGAGUUUUCCAGGUGACAACAAUGACAAAAUUCGCGUCUCCGUUGACAGAGAACGAAACGGUACAACUUUCAUUGGUCGAUCAACCAGCUCCUUUUUCUCGUUUUUGCCUGGCUACAUUCCUUUCGUUUCUGUAGGCGAAGUAGAAGAUGGAGAAUUAAAAUUUAUACGUAGUCCAGCAAAUCUUAACGUUGAAGUUUCCCCAAUUUAUAACUUUUUGACAUCUACAUCACAAGGACUGAAUUUACAUUUAAAGGAUUUUAAUUUCACGUCAGACCCCAAUGUCGGGAAUUUUAGGGUAAUGAAUGUAGAAUCAAUUGACAAUUUUGCAGAUUGCAUAGUUUCCCAGGUAGUCACGCAUUCAAAGGUUGUGACGACAACUCAUUCCCUCUCUGAGUUUGGCAGUAGUUCUAAAUCGUGGGGAAUAUCAGCCUCCGUCACUUAUACGUUUGGAUCAAAAAACGUUGGGGCAAGUGGAAGCAUUUCUGGAGGUUACUCUGAAGAAAAUACAGAUAGAUGGUCCGAGACCCUUGCCACUAGUAAGGAAUCCCGAAUAACAAUAAGUAAAAAUAUAACAGUAGGGCCUCAAGAAUCUAUCUUAGCAUGCUCCGCAAUUAAGAUAAGCGAUAAUUUCCAAAGUGACUACGUUGCCAAGGCCGAAUACUCGGCUCCGGGUCUAAAAGGUUGGGAAGUAGCUAAUAUAUUAGAUUGCUAUGGUUUCAUGAACAUUUCUGUUAACGAAAACUCCGCUUGGUUUUAUACCGAGGGUAGCUACCAGGGUUCUUCAUCCAUUUCUACACAUUUUCAUGUAUCACCAAAGGAUAGUAACAUAAAUUGUCGCAAUCUAAAGGAAUUUGGUAUUUCAGAAAGUCGGCUCUAAUGAGUAUUAAUUUUUUAUUUUAUACGACAUACGACACGACAGUUCAUUCACUACUCUAUUUACGCUCAUCAGGAAACGACCAGACCUAUUUAUAGGGAACAGUAAUCCUACAUACAUAUACUAAUUAAAUGCACAGUUUAUGUGUUUCGUAAUGUAAUCAGAGCCGUACCGCCAAAUUCUCGGGCCUGGUAUAGAUCGGCAUUCGGGGCCUUUUUAUGGCAUUUUUAUUUCGCGCGAGAAAUUGGCACUUGUUUCAAUCGGUAUUUGUUUUUUGUGCGGACAAUAUUUUUAUAUGCGUGCAUAAAAUACACACAAAUGCAAAAAAAUUAAUGUAAAGGCAGAAGUCAAUUAGUUUCAUGCUACACUUUCAUGGACGCUCAUAUAUUGUUAAACGUUUAAUAGUUGAAAUGGUAUAAAGUUCAAGCAAUUGCGUUGUACGCAAUUACAUUAUUUUUGCGCGCUUUGUGCAUUUCUGUGCACUUUUUUUGGAUUUUGAGUUGGUGUUAUUAAACGCAAAAAAACAUUCGUAUGCACUAAUUUUGUGCAGGUAUUAUGUAUCAACAGAAACACUGGUUUAAAUGCCCCAAACAAAGAGCAAACAUUUUUAGGACUAUAAUUGGCCAAAAUUACUUGUACGAUUUGAACUAUAAAGAAUUGGAUUGCAUGUUUUAUGUAGUUGUGGUUAAAUACAUAUUUAUAGUGCACAAGCAACAAUCUGCAUUUGCAUAUGUACAUAUUUAUAUACCACAGAACUUACGUAUGUAUGUAGUGGAGAACCACCAUGUGAAAGUGAUAACAAGGAGGGAGUAAAAAAUAUGCACCAACAUAUUUAGUUAUUAGGCAACUUGGGAAGAUUUCACGUAAACGGAAAAUUUUUGACUCCCGCUGGAAAUUGGCUCCUCCUUUCGAACUUUUCGUUUACGUUAACUUACGUAAACGGAAAAUUUAACGUAAAAUGAGCCACUUUUACGUUCAAUUUUCCGUUUGCAUAAUUAGUUAUAAAAUCGUCAGUUUUAGAUGGAAUUAGGGCAAAUUUUAUCAUACAAGGGGCAAGUAUGUUUUAGUAUCCCAUAAAUCGACGAAAACUCCCAAGUGGUCCCAUUUACGUCCACCACACCCACUCCAAUGGGAAGAAAAGCGAAAAUGUCGUUUUUCGCGUGUUUAAACCUUCGGCAAAAAUCCAGUUUUCAUCCAAUUUUGAAAAUUCUUGCACUAUUGUGAUACCAGAUAGCUGUGUUGUUAUAUUCAACACUGAAAUAAACUUUUUUGAAAUUUUGAAUUUUUUCAAUUGAAAUCAUUUUCUAAAAGUGGAAAAAAUUAUUUUUGAUAUUGGAUAUGAGAAAGCAACUAUCUGGGAUCACAAUGGUGCAAGAAUUUUCAAAAUCUGAUAAAAAUUGGAUUUUGGCCGAAGGUUUAAACAAGCGAAAAACAACAUUUUCGCUUUUCCCUUUGAGUGGGUGUGGCGGGCGCAAAUAGUGCUAUAGAAUCAAACCACUUAGGGAUUCUGGUAAACCGACCGGGAACUAAAUUAAGGCAUAAAAUGUGAGGCUCUCCUUGGAAAUUUCAAGCACUAAAACUAAUUUGAAUGCAUUUUUGAUAUUUCCGUUAAAGUGUGUGUUAAAACUUUGUUGCCCAAACUGAAUUUGUGGACGGAAAACGCAAACUUAAAAAUUAACUACGCCUCCUCGUUUUCCGUUAACGUUUACGUAUUCGUUCAUCUUCCCAAGUUGCCUAUUGAUAAUGCUCAGUUGAGAAUUUAACCAGACAAGAAACAAAAUGUACUCCAAAUAUGUAAAUACAUACGUAAUGGAAUCACAUUACAUAAUUACUUAUGUAACAAAAGUUUUGCUAAAUACUAAAUUUCUAAUUUAAUUUUUUCAUAGGCGGGUUCAAUUAUAUCUAGUGUAAAGCACCUGGUCAGGCCCGGGCCCUUGGGGCCCCGGGCCUGGUCUUCCAUACCACCUUAUACCACCAGCGGUACGCCGCUGAAUGUAAUAUUAACCUAUGGUCAAUUUUUUAUGAUUUUGGCAACGACAAACCGGCCCUUUUCGUUAUGUUGUAACAACUGAAAGAAAUUUAAAAAAUUGUGAAAAUAUAUAAUUUAUAAAUAUUGUUUCUGUUAAAUUUGAAGUAUAAUAUAUAUUUAUAUUAAAAGAUUUAUACUAAUGUACAUUAUGUAUACAUAUGUAUGUAAUUCAGAUUUGAAAAAAUAGGUUACUAUUCUUUUAUAAUUGAAUUCUAUAAAUUGUCUUAUACAGUCCUUCCUAAAUAUGUAGCACAUAUCAGAAAUAAAUUUUAAUCUAAAAUAAAAUUAUGUCAUUCACUUUUGCAUUUAUUGUCGGUAUACAUUGAAGAUAUAACAUAGUUAAUCCCAUUCAACUACAAAGUCGAUGGUGUAAACGAGCCACAAAUUGGUGUAGCUUGACUCAAAUCGCUGGCACUUCUCAUUAUGACAUUGAUUGACCUAAAAUGAUAGCAUAAUCCUACGCUUCGAUUACGGUGAUAUAAAGUAAAUUCGCCGAAUAGGAGGAUUAUCGAACCAAUGCUCCUGCAACGUAUUUUUUGACUGAUCAGUUAGCUGAUUGAGUAGUGGGCAGAGGGAUUAACCUAAAAUAAGUGGCAUAAUCCAGACAUUGAUUGAUUCUUGUAAUUACAAAAAUUUUAAACUAUUUACGUCUCUAGAUGACAUUGAUUGAACUGGGAUCAUGAAAUAUUUUCGGUAACAAUGAUUUCGAGCAUAACAGGGAUUUGCAUUGUACAUACAUAAUUUUUAAGCUCAAGCACUAAUCCCCGGUGCCUGGCUGGCGGCGAUUGAACCGAACCAACGUGUAUGACAGUAAUGUAUGACUUUAAUCCAUAUCCACUGGAAGCCGCAUUCCAGUGACUAACAUGACAUAAGCAUUUAUUUUUGUCUAUCUCAAUAACCUAACAACUAUGCACUGAAUUUUCAUUUUAUAAUUUUUUGAAGUUAUUUUUGCAAAAUGUCAGAAAAUAACCAAAAUCAAAUGCUGGCGCUACUUUAUGCUAAUUAAUUUAUCUGCUGGGUAUGGGUGUGCUAUUAUCAAGCGUCUUUAACAUGCGUCUUGUUUUAAUUGAGGGGGCUUAAUGCAAAUGAAAACUAAAAAAUAAACCCAACAGGUAAUACCAAUUAACAAAAAUUUUAUUUCCGUAAAUUUGCUAACAUGCAUAUUGGAAUAUUGGUAUUUACUUAGAUUUGGCCAAAACACUCUACACGUUCGGUAAUUCAUUUCAUAGCUAUACCCGAUUUUUGACAGGGUUUGCUUUUACGCUUUCUUCAUUAAGGUCACUAACGCUAAAGAGUAUGGGGGUAAGUAAUUGUAUGAUGAUAUAUUUUGUUUCCGUUGGUAAUGUAGUUGCAAAUUUGCUCCAUAAUAUGUUGCUAUGGAAACGAUCUCACGGGUUACUGAAAUCACCAGAUUUACGAAAACUUAAUUUUGCACGUAAAUAUUGCGAAUAAGAGGUUCCAAUUAAAUUGCAUACAUAAAAUCCAAGAUGUGUGAUAGGUAGACUUCUUGUCGGAAGUUGUUGAUAGUUAGUAUCUACGUAAGGCAGAUUUUAAGGUGUUGUCAAAAUAGUUGUUGAGAUCAUCCUUAAAUGUUAAACCUUAAAAAAUGAUGGUACACGUCAAAAAUCUAAGUAUAUAUUAUUUAUACAAGAACCGAAAUAUAUUACGAUUCAAUCACCGAUUCAAUCUGCAUUAGAGCAAAUGACAGAAUUUACCCAUUAUUAUGUAACCCUACAUAUUUAUUUGUUACAAUAAUAAAAUUAAAUAAACGUAUAACUGUAAGCAUGUCCAUCGCGUAAAUGUCAUACACAUUUGCAUUAGCAAGAAUGAUAAAUCUUAGGGAUUUGAAUGUCUAGGUUUUGAUUGUUGAAUUAUAUACAUUUUCUUAUAUUUACAAGCCUUCUGACGUUGCUAUUGUCAUAAAUAAAAUUUUUUGAUGGAUGGCAGUACGCUGCCCCGACAUAUACUGGAGUACACAGCUGUUCACAGGAUCAUAAAAUAUGCAAAAAAUUUAUGGGUCCGCCUGUCCAUGCAAAUAUUUUAAGACCAAAAUCAAGAAAAUCCAGAAAAUAAUUUACGAAUUCAUUCAAAGUUGAAGUAGAAAACGGACGGAUGCAACAAAUGGCAAAUUUUUUAAUUGAAUACAAUUGACAACGACUGACACUAGAUUAUACAAUGAAAAUUUUCAAGUAUUAAAUAAACAAGAUCCCAAAAACUAGAUAAUCCUAAGAAUAACGUGAGUAUAAAAUGAGAAUAACGUCGAAUAAAUACAUUGAUUUCCCUUUCUUGAACCAUUAUGGCGUCACUUUCAGCUGAAAUUAAUCAUGGUUACAAUAAUUUGGACGAAAGAUUUGUUGUCUUAAUUAGACACGAGUUGUCAAAUUGUGUAAUUCAGAAAUAGUCGAAACAUACACCAAUGCAUUAAUCACAAACAAACAAAGACUAACGUGCAUUUUUUCAUUUAUUGUCGGCAUGCACUAAAGAUUUGACAUCGUUAAUCUCAUGUCAAUUACAAACGCGAUGGCGUAAACGAGCCACACAUUGGUGUAUGUAACUUAAGGCUGACUUGUAUCGUUGGCAUUUCGCAUAAUCUAACAUUGAUGGAGUUAUUCACAACAACAUCAUAAUCCUUUUGCAGACGCUCCCAUAACGAUGACAUGAACUACAUUUUUUUAGAAGAAGAAUUCCAGAACUUAUGCCGCUGCGACGUAAGCAUUCAAAUAUUUUGACUGAUCAGUUGGCUGACUGAGUAGUGGGCAAAGUGAUUUAUUUAAAAUAAAUUGCUUAACCCAGACAUUGAUUGAUUCCUGUAAUUAUUAGCAUUUUAAACUAUCUACGUCUCUGCAUGACGUUGAUUGAACUGGGAUCAUGAAAUAUUUUCGUGCAUAACAGGGAUGUUAAUUACGCAUAAUUUAUAAGCUCGAGCACAAAUCCCAGCGCCUGUUUGGCGGUGAUUGAACUGGGCUUAAGUAGAUUUGAAUGCGCGUAAUAUUUGCUCGUCCAAAUAUUUUAAGAACAAAAUAGUUUAAGAAUCUACGAAGUUGCUCAAGUUUUAAAUCUACCAAAAAGGAUGGAUGUUACACUUUGGUAAUUUUUUAAGUUAAAUGCCAUUGACAACGACUAGAACGGUUUGAAAAAGCGACUAAACAGAAGAUAUGACAUUGUUAAUCCCAUCUCAAUUACAAAGUGUAUGAUGCAAACGAACCACAAAACCACUUGGUGUAGACGAACCACAAAUUGGUGUAACAGACAUGACGGAAAUUACAACUUUAACCCGUAUUUAGACAAGUCGUCCCUGGAUGUCACAGUUAAGGUUAUGUGACUAAACUAGCAUAUAUAUAUAUCUGUCUUCACAAAUAUAUAAUCAGUGCUAGCAUAAUAUAAGAAAAUUUAGCAUACGUAUCGGUCAUUUUUGAUGAUUUUUGUUAAUUACCUGAUGUGAUACCAAUCGGCAUGUUUUAACCCUACGUCUUCGAAAAAUUCCUUUGUACAUACGAAAAAUACCCACAUAAUGCAACGACAACUUGAAAUUCAUUUUUUGUUGAAGUUGAGCAAUACAUGGUAUAGAAGAUAAUUCGAAGCAUUUGCCAUUAAUUGAGGUUAUUAAAUAUAUAGAAAGAAUAGAACCUAAGCCCGUUAGUCAACCCAACAACAAAUACCAAAUAUUAAGAAAUGUGUAAUUUUAUUGACAUUUUUGACCCUUUUAGGUUUUUAACAUUCGUUUCGAGAAAUUUAGAGUUUGUAAAUGAAUUAUGAUGAAUGUGCCUUAACUCGUUUCAUGAUUCUACCCGAUUUUUGUUGAAUUUUUAAAGAUGUAGCUCUCAUCGUUUCCUCCAUUAACGUUUCGCAUCCACGAAAAGAAUUUUGCGGGGUUACAAUAAAGUGUGUUUCCAUUGCCAAA